AUGCAACUGCUUCAACCGCCAUUGGAUCCUGACAUAUAUUGUAAUGAACGGUGCUGUGCUGUCUUUGCUACUCUUUCCACUGUGUUGUGUGAUCUGGAGACAUUAUUGUGCCUCCUUGUUCUAGAUGGCUAUCUAAUUCCUGCUCCAUAUUAUGGUGGCAUAAAUUCCAAAACUUGGCUGUAUGGUGGAAUGCAACCUGUUCAUGUGCCCUUAUUCAGUGAGGUGACUAAUGAAGAAAGUCAACCUUUUCAAUUAACAGUUGGAAAAUUAGAAACUGCAUAUCAGAAGGCUAAGGAACAGGGCAUCCGAGUCAGAGCAUUAAUCCUGAUCAACCCUCACAAUCCGUUAGGGGACAUUUACCCACCACAGUUACUGAGAGAAUGUCUAGAGUUUGCGCACAGAUAUAAAUUACAUGUAAUAAUGGAUGAAAUCUACAUGCUGUCUGUAUAUGGUGACUCCACAUUCACAAGCAUCCUUAGCUUAGAGAGUUUACCAGAUCCAGACCGGACACACUUCAUGUGGGGAUUUAGCAAGGAUUUUGGGAUGUGUGGCAUCAGAGUUGGAAUAUUAUACACCAGAAAUCACGCUGUCAGAGAAGCAGUUAAUCAGCUGGCUGUUUUCCAUGGAUGCCCUGGACCUGUACAACAUGUUCUCAGUCAAUUCCUUAGUGAUAGAGAAUGGCUGGAUAAUGUGUUUUUCCCAACCAAUAGAAGAAGACUGAAGGAAGCACAGAAUAUUCUUGUGGAUGGCCUUGCUGAGAUAGGAAUACCUGUUCUUAAAAGUUCUGGAGGAUUAUAUGUGUGGGCUGACUUCAGAAAAUUUUUAAAGUCACAUACCUUUGAAGCUGAAAUGGAUUUAUGGUGGAAGAUUCUUGAUGGAAAGCUUCUCAUUAGUCCGGGGAAAGCCUUUUGCUGUUAUGAACCUGGAUGGUUUAGGCUGGUCUUCUCAGAUUCAGUAGAUAAGAUCUAUUUGUGUAUUCAGAGACUUCAGCAGAUGUUACAUGAUAAAAUGGAUGAACCUGUUCCCAUCAAUUCACCUCCAAAAGAGAAUGAAUGCACUGAGUUAGAUGAUAGCAUUUCAGAUAACUAUAUAAAUACAUCAGUUGAUGAUGUCUCAGAAGGCUAUUCACACAUGAAGAAAAUAGCUGUCUUCUAGGAAUGUGAAUAAUAAGGCAAAGCAUGACGUGUUCAUAUUAUGACAUCUGCCCUCUUUUUAAAGUAUUUACUUUCUGUUACAGCACAUGGUUACAGUAUGUUGACUGAUUUGAUGACUGAGACUACUAGAAGUUUGUUCUGGUUUCUCUACUGGGGGUCAAAUUGUAUAUGACAAGAGCUCUAUUUCCUGGACUGUUCUUCAAGUAAGAUUCCAUGGCUGGAAUUAAUCCCCACUAGGGACACAAUACCUGGGAGAAAGGAAAUUGAGACUGCCAUUAUUCCUAGUGCUGUAAAACUGGCUUCACCAUGCAAGUUCAGCAACCCUCCAAAUGUAUUAUCCUCUUUCUAAUAAUUCCACUUGGGUUGUGCCAUAUCCAUGCCCAAUAUGACUGACCCUUAACAUAUUGCUGAUCUGUCUAAGUGAGUGUUGGCCCACCAAGAGAAGCAGUACAUAUUGUAUGUAAAUAUUUAGAAAAUGUUGAAGCAGUGUUCCAAACACUGAAGCCUUGUGCCUUCUGAGUGUUUGUACCAAUUUAUUUUACUUUCUAAGAAAGUGUUCUAUUCUGCUGUUUCUCUUUCUCAUUUAUAUAAGAUCUGUUUCUAUAAAAUGUUCUAUAUAUCAUUCUUUAAAUAUCAUGUUUUCCUUGUUAAUUUUUCACUUUGACUGUAUUUAUGAGAGUAUGGCUGGUUUGUGGAAAGAAGGAUUCAUGGUGGAUUAAUCAUUGUAUAAUUAACAGUUAAUGUUGGUGGAUUUGUUGUGUAAAUGAUCAGAUUCUGGUUAACUAUGAAGUCAUGUUGUAUUUGGAUUCUUGUUUGUCAGCUAGUUGCCUUAUAGCUUUGUAAAUAUUAAAAAAGGGAAGCCUG